AGAAUUGCCAGACAAUCAGUAACCCAAGUGGUGCUUGGAGAAAACAGAGAGGUGAAAAUAUGGGACUCUGCAGGAAGAGAAAAGCUUUCAUGGAGGAGAAGGAGGCUGUUUUUCUGAGGAGGAAGAUCACCCUUACUCGGGCCAUUGCGUUGGGUGUAGGCACCAUGGUGGGCAGUGGGAUCUUCAUUUCUCCUAAAGGGGUAUUGCAAAACUCAGGCAAUGUAGGGGUCUCCUUACUUGUAUGGCUCGCUUGUGGGAUUCUUUCUCUGUUUGGUGCUCUGUCCUAUGCAGAUCUCGGAACAUGUAUUACGAAGUCAGGCGGGCAUUAUAUUUAUCUUUUAGAGACUCUAGGACCAUUGCCGGCUUUCCUCCGAUUGUGGGCUGAAUUUAUUAUGAUACGCCCUGCAAAUAUAGCUGUGGUGUCUCUGGCAUUUGGUCGAUACCUCAUUGAGCCUUUCUUUGCUUCUUGCCAUGUCCCUCCUCUGGCUGUGAAAUUGGUCACAAUGGCAGGAAUUACCUUAGCAAUAGCCCUGAACUGUUGGAGUGUGAGCUGGGCUGCCAAAGUACAGACAGGACUCACUGCCCUGAAGAUGGUCACCGUGUGUCUAAUUAUUGUUCCUGGGAUCUUGGCUCUUGGAAAUGGUCAUAAUGAAAAUUUCCAGAAUAGUUUUGACACAAGUUCCUUAACACUUGAAAAGCUGCCUCUUGCUUUUUAUUCCGGGAUGUUUGCUUAUGGAGGAUGGUUCUAUAUAAACUUUGUAACUGAAGAAAUUGUAAAUCCUCAAAAGAACAUUCCUCGGGCAGUAAUCGUUUCCUUAAUUGUUGUUACAGUCUGUUACGUCCUUACUAAUGUAUCUUACUAUGCUGUCUUGACACCGCAAGAAAUUCUCAGUUCAGAUGCAGUAGCUGUGAGUUUCACUGAUAAAGUUUUCAAGAACAUUUCUUCUGCAAUUCUAAUCCUUGUAGCUCUCUCAUGUUUUGGUGCUUUGAAUGGAGGAAUAUUUGCUGCAUCCAGGAUGUUGUUUGCAGCUGCGCGAGAAGGACAGUGGCCAGCUCUCUUUUCAAUGAUACACCUGGAACGACAUACUCCUGUCCCAGCUUUGAUAUUAAUGUUACCUUUGGUCUACUUGAUGGUGUCCAUUGGUGACCUUUAUGGACUUUUGAACUUCUAUAGCUUCUCCCGCUGGUUCUUCAUAGGACUUACCACACUGGGGUUCAUGAUACAUUGCUUUCGACAUCCAACAAUACUAAGACCUUUUAAGGUGCCUCUGUUCUUCCCACUGGUAUUCACAGUAGCCUGUUUCUUCAUUGUGGGGACAUCACUAUAUUCAGAUCCUGUGAACACCAGUAUUGGAUGUGCUUUAACUUUAUCUGGCUUACCCGUCUAUUAUCUGGUGGUUCAGAAAACUAGAAUACCAGGCUGUUGUACAUCAAAGUUCAACUCUAUGACAGUGAAGCUACAAAUCCUGAUGAAGGUGACUCUUCAGGAAGUCCAGAUGCAUUGAAGGAGUUGUGUAUUGGAGUAAGGAAAACAGUAUUUAGACUGCAAGGAACCCGCAAACUCCUCACACUACUACUGUAAGGAACAUGCCUCCAAGCCAUUUUAAAGCAAGCGGCAAGUGAUACAAUAUGUGAGAAUCCCUUUCCAUGAGUUACCCCUUGUUUCAUUUUGUCUUUUAAAGAUAUAAGACUGAUCUUCCACCCAGAAGCUUGAACAAGCAGUGUAUAAGGAAUAAAAAUAAAUCAAAACUCUUUAUGAAAAACCCAACAGCAAUAUCUGCAGAACCUUAAGCAAGUCUUAGUUCAGUAUAUACAGUAACCAUAAUAUUCUUGUCCAAUGCAUCACUUCCUUAUGACCACAAUAAGGAAUCUAUUGUCAUAGGAAAUGUGAGAUUGCUCGCCCUAAAAAUGUUCAACAUUGUACAAAAGUAUAGUAAUAAUUAGUUAAAACAACAAAAAUUCAGUUCAUAAAUGAUAGCGAUUGAAAAUGUUUCAAGGUUCAAAUUUCCACAUCCAAAAUAGUCCAGCCUCAAAACCAUUCCUAAUCUUAUCAGAAAUCAUCUGCCAUUGGAACAGCCUGCCCUGGCUCUACCAAAAAAAAAAAAAAAACCCAACAAAAAACUGAUUUCAGUAUAGGCUGUUCUGCUUACCAUUUUCAGAGCCAGAACAUUUUGCUAAGAUUGGAAUACUUCUGAUGAGUCAGAUGUUUCCGAUAUCUGGCAAUUUAAAUCUUGAAAUGAUCUGCACAAUGCUGCUACAGAGACAUAGCCCAAGUAAAUAUUUUACACAUAUGACCCUAAACAUUUAGGGCAAGUGUUGCAAUGAUUUGUUUUAACGUUUGUUCUGUUCGUUUCUUUAAAAGUAUGCUUGUAAGUAAUUUUUGUAACAGAUGUAAUCAGAUUUUUUAAUUCCUUGACAAUAAUACAUUAUAACUGUGCAUUCAUUGCAAAUAAUUGCUUCUAAGCCUAAAAGAGUGCUGAAGCACUAGCCAGAGUCAUAUUUAAAGAAAACAACCAAAGCAAACAAGGUGCUUGUACCGUAUGUAAAAUCUGUAUCUUAAGAAAUAUAGUUGGGAGUAUGCUAUCAUGGCCUAACAGAAAGAGAAACUGCACAACUGUUGAGUAGUGAAACUGCACAACUUUUGAACACUAGAGCAGUGGCUCCCAACCUUUUGAGCUCCUGGGCCCAGUUCCGUGGAGAGAGUUUUUUCCAUGGACCGGAGGGCGCGUGGUUUUGCAUGUUGCCUACAUCCUGCCAAUGGGGCUUUGUUUGCACGGCUUGGUUUCUGGCAUGCCGCGGACCAGGGGUUGGGGACUCCUGCACUAGAACAUAUAGUCAUAUUACUAGUUAUGUAUGCUUGUUUAGUUAUGUUCACUAAAAUCUAAACUUUCAUCUUUUUUGCUAGUAAAUGUUUGCAGGACCAAAUAUCCAUCUACCACAGUAUAUAGUCUAUGAACAGUAACUGAAUUUAACAAGCUGAGAAAAGAAAAAACAGUUUUAGAAUUUUUAUUGAUACAAUUGUCCAAUUGUUUGCCACAUUUGUGGCAAAUCAGUUUUCAGAUGUUAUGACUUUCAAGACCUCCUUCUUAUAUGUUUAAGCAAGUUAUUGUUAGUUUAUGUGCUAAUAAAUUAAGCGAAUAAAGGUGAA